AUGCUGGCCAUGGCUCAACCGCAGCACCCGACCUCGCUCGAGCAGGGCUCGAGACGCCUCAAGAAGGGCGACGGCAAGGACAAGCUCAAGCACAGGCUGUCGAUGGCGUUCAAGAACCCGUUCUCGUCCUCGUCGUCAUCCUCCAAGAACAAGUCGGCCGACCCGGUCAACGCGCCCGCCGCACCUCGCCAUGCGCCCUCCUCAAGCUCGGCACCUGUCGUGCGUCCCAAGUCGUCGUCCCGAGUGCUCCCUGCGCCGGCGUACGAGCACCGGCGCGACAGCGGCGAGUCGACCCGGCGUCGCACCGCCGAACCUGCCGCACGCCGCACGCAAGCAGGCCCCGCCGUCGUUGGUACCUCUCCGCCUUUGCCGCCAUUGCCUCGCCACGAGGGUCCGGCCGCCCAGGUCGACUCUCGCGCGAUCGCCCAGCCCGACGGCGGCUUUUCGUCGCGAGUCGAGCCGCUCCUCCCGUCGUACUCGUCGCGCCCUGGCUCCGAGGUCAGCAUGAGCGGCCUCGGCAUCGGCGUCGAGCUUCCUGUGUCGAACCCGCCGCCAGUCCUGUCGCGCUCGGUCCAACGUGCCCCGACGCCGCCGCAAGCCGAGGUCCAGCCGCUCGAGGUCCGGCGCCCGACCCCGCCACCCGCUCAGCAGCCCCAGCAGUCUGCGCCGGCGCACCCUGCAGCGUCGACGAGCAGGUCGGCGCAGCCCUCGGACCCGCUCAUGACGGGCCGGGACCGCAUCGCCUUCCUGCGCGAGGGUGGGCGCUCGAGCGUCUCGUCCGAGUCGGGCGUCAACGCUCGCCUGACCGCCCCGCGAGGCGCCAACCGUGCCGACGCGACCAAGAGCCUCACGAUCGGCGCCAUGCCGGCCGGCUUCGAGGUGCCUCUCGCCACGGCCCCUCGAGCGCCGCUCAAGCCCCUCCAGCUCGCCUCGCGCCGGUCGUCGGCGGCCCUCGAGCACAGCCGCCACUCCUCGAUCGACCACAGCCGGCGUUCGUCGUUCGCGAUCGACCAGAGUCGCCGCUCGUCGCUCGCGCCUGAGCCGAGUCGUCGGUCGUCGCUGGGGCCCGAGCACAGCCUCGCGACCGCCUCGACGUCGAGGUCGCAGGCCCGGCGCCCGAGCGAGAGCCUCUGCCGCCGCCCGAUGAUCAACGUCGCGACGCAGACGCCCCGAGACUGGGCGGCGUCGGUCUCGCACGCCCUCGCCUCGUCGUCGUCGAGCCGACCGUCCUGGACGCACGCCGUGUCUACGCCGCCGCAAGCGUACGGCGCGUUCCCGGUUCCGCCUCCUGUUCCGCCGCACGACACGCCGCCUCAGCGCCACGGCAUCUCGCCGUCGAUCUACUCGGUCGCGUCGUUCGACCCGCGCGCGAGCAUCUCGGCGCCACUGCCCGAGUGGCCCGAGGCGCCCGAGCUCCUCGCCCCGAUCAACUACGACCUGCCGUACCUGACGCCGCGAGUCGACGAGGACUAUGCCUCGGUCGUGCGCCAGCUCGACGAGCUCGCGACGCCGGUCCCGCGCAGCCUCGUCGAGGAGGCCAUCGAGCAGAGCCGUCUCGCGGCCGCUUUGCCCUCGUCGACCGCCGAGCGCACGCCGACCAUCCCGGCGGCGCACAAGCCGACGACGGCCUCGAUGGGUUACCUCCCGCCGACGUACGCCAUGGCAGAAGCCGACGAGCUCGUCCUCUCGACGCACCGCUCUCGCACCCCGUCGCCGGUCCCGGCGCUCUCGCACGGCCACUCGAGCGCCGACGAGGGCGACUCGUCCUCUCGCGACUCGCGCCGCGCGAGCUCGACGCUGUCGUCGCCGCGCCGCUCGACCGACGACGGCUCGGAGCCGCUCACGCCGCCGACGAGCGCCGUCUCGAGCGUCUUUCCCGAGCUCGCACAUGCGCACGUCGAGGUCGCCAGGACCAAGGUCUCGGACGGCGACGACGAGGCGGACGAGGCCGUCGUGACGAUCCGCCGUGCGUCGCUCGUGACGAGCCAGGUCCGCAAGGCGUCGCUCGUCUCGCCCAAGACGUCGCGCCCGGCUUCGGUCGUCUCGGCGGCGGUGCGGCACGGCUCGAUCAGCUCGAUCCAGGAGCACCGCACGAGCGUGGCGAGCAACACGUCGAGCGGGCUCGGCGUAGGUGCCAGCGCCUCGACUGGUGCUGCCGAACUUGUCGUCGUCGCGGCGCUCUCGACAGACGGCCCAUCGCCUGCGCACGCCGUCCUUGUCACCAAGGACGCGCCCGUCGACGUCGCGGAGACCGCCCAACCUGCGCCGGUAACGUCCUCGACCGCCUCGCCCGGGCUCGAGCACCCUCGCCCUCGCCCUCGUCCCGCCGCCGCCUACUCGUCCGCCGCGACGCUCCCGACCCGCCGCAACUCUGAGCCCUUCCCCUCGCUCGUCGCCGGCCCUCGCCUGCGCCAACCCGGGUCGGUCAUGAGCGGCGCCGACCGCGCCUCUCGCGGCCGGAGCUUCUUCCUCGUGCAGGCGCUCAUGGGCGAGAGCCAGCCCGAGGGCAUGGUGCGCGACUGGGCCAAGGACGAGGAGAGCGAGGACGAGAGCGACGGCGAGGUGAGCGUGCUCGGUGGAGAGAGCGAGCUCGACGAGGAGGAGGACGAGGAGGACGAGGCCUGAGCGGGGUCUGGUGGACGAGCAUUGUAGCCAUCUCUCUGUCCCUCUCUGUGUAGCCUCCUCUCCCGUGUUCUUCUGCACUGUAUCUAGCUCUCUGCCCUACC